AGGCAAGAAAGAAAUGGUACAAGGUUUAUUUUGAUGGGGCUUUCAGUAUACACGCACCUCUAGUCACGUCUAUGAGUAGUGUCGGGAGCUAGGCUUGCCGGUACCAAAGUAUCACUCGCACUUUUCCUUUUGGUGCCUCGCUAAAACUAGCUUAUUCCAUUGUUAAUUCACUUAUUGGCAGUCCAAUAUGCUUAAAAAGCUUCCGAAGGGAGUUUUCGAAAGUUCUUGACACAAUCCAGCAGUUACACACCUCCAGCAAGCAUCUGCCUCAAAAGAUGGCACCAACCAUCCUCACCCUUCCCCACGAAAUUUGCGACCAAAUCCUUGACUACAUCGUCUCAACCCCUCUCCCCGGUCGCGACUUCCAGAAUCUCCGCCAGCGUCUUCGUGACUUUCCCGGUGCCUCGGAAUGCCGCCAUGUUCAACACAUCUCCCAUGGCUCUCGGAUCUCCAUCUAUCCUACUCUGCUUGUGAACCGACAAUUUCAUUCAGCAACCCUUGGCGCCAUUGAACGUCUGAAGUUCAAGCACAAAUACGAGUUGGAUAUUCUGCUCGUGGAAGAAACAGAGAUAUGGCCCACAUGGACACUCAUGCCCAAGUUCUCGAAGAGAGUGGAGGAGCUUCGAGCGACGUUCAGAGUCCACGGUGCCCGGCAAAUGGAUCAUCCUUAUGAAAGAUCUUUGCCUGAUGCGCACAAGUACCAUGCCGGAUUCACGAAAUCUUUCUGGGAUAUGUUACAUCGGUUUUUGAAGUUAGGCAUCUUGACGAGGAGGUCCAGCAAGCAGUCCGGUAGGAGCACGACGUAUCUCAUCUGUGCCAUUAUUAAUUCAAAAAUCCCCUUCUUCGCAAAACUCGACGACGUUACGAUGAUUGACAGUGAAGCAUAUCGAAUGCCCUGAGAAGUGCGGUUGUCACACAGCAUUACUGGGGAGAUCGUUGCUUCAACGAUCUCAAGUUAUUAAUUUUGGAGAGCUGGAGUGAGACGGGACUUACCAACUUGCUAGCC